AUGACCAUAACGAAGUACCCCGAGUCUGAAACAGAUGUACUCAUUAUCGGAGCCGGCCCUGCCGGCCUGAUGGCGGCAUACUGGAUGGCUCGCUAUGGAGUCAAGGCCCGCAUUGUGGACAAGCGCGCAGAGAAGGUGAUGCUCGGCCAUGCUGACGGGCUGGUGCCGCGCACAUUAGAGCUAUUCGAUAGCUGUGGAUUCAACCAUCGCGUUCGGAAUGAAGGAGUUGCGGCAGUUAUUUCAACUUACUGGGGCCUCGACGAGGAAGGGAAGCUCGUGCGCCAAGAGCAUUCUGGCGAGAAUAAUGAAUCCCGCAUGCCUUUCGUCCAUACGCUUUUGGGACAAGGUCGUUUGGAACAAUUCAUUCUCGAUUCGAUUCACGAGAAUUCGUCUAUCAAGGUUGAGCGAGGUGUUGUCGCCGAGGCACUCAACUUUAAUGAAUUGGACCAAGAGGACCACGCAGCUUAUCCUAUUACUGUUCAACUUCGGACUCUCAAUCCUAAGAAUUCAGUUAAUGGGGAGGCGAAAGCGCAGAACGGACCGAUCAAGCUCGAAAACGGUGUUGUAAAUCGCCAGCUUUCCGAUGAAUCCAAUGGCGUCCCACCGGAGAUUCAAAGGGAGGAGAAGGUCGAGAUCGUCAAAGCGAGAUACCUACUUGCUUGCGAUGGGGCGCGUAGUUGGACGAGGACCCAGAUGGGACUUGCCAUGGAAGGAUCAAGCACCGAAUAUGUCUGGGGUGUGGCUGAUGUUGUCCCCAUUUCCAACUUCCCUGAUAUUCGCCGCUUGGCUAUGGUGGAGAAUGCUGCCGGUUCAAUUUUGAUAGUUCCCCGCGAGCGCAACCUCAUGCGCCUCUACGUGCCAAUGCCAAAGGGCCAAGAUACACAGACACCCGACGCAGAAAAUGGCACAACCAACGGCCGCCGCGACAAAUCCACAUUUACCCCCGACGAUCUCCGGAAGAUGGUCCAAGCAAUCCUUAGCCCAUGGGAAUUCGAUUUCAAGAUUUGCGAGUGGUUUUCCGCGUAUGGCGUCGGCCAGAGAGUCGCCUCGACACUAUCUCGAGAGAACCGUGUCUUCCUUGCCGGCGACGCUGCCCACUCACACUCGCCAAAGAUCGGAAUGGGAAUGAAUAUGAGUUUACAGGAUGGUUUCAACCUUGGCUGGAAACUGGCCCUUGUCGCACAAGGAGGUGCCUCGCCUUCUAUACUGGACACGUAUAAUGCCGAGCGACUGCCUCUGGCGAAGAUGUUGGUCGAAUACGAUCGACAAAUCUCGUCGCAAUUUACAAAAGACGAAAAUGCGUCCGAGGAGAUACAGAAGACAGACGCGCGCACGAUCCAUCAGGAAUUUGAAGACUUCUACGAAGGACGCAAGGCAUUCUAUCCCGCCAGCAAUCUAGUCCACAAACUCAGCAAUGACAAGGAGCAGAAAUUCCAGGGACUAGUGCCCGGAGAGAAAUUCCCCGUUCGGAAGCUCCUCAACCAAGCCCGGCUUGAUACGCGAUGGACAACAAACAUAUUAGAGAGUGAUGGACGGUUCCGACUUGUCGUCCUUGCGGGUGAUAUCCGCUUUCCGAUGCAGAAAGACCGGGUUGAUCAACUCGGCAGUGUACUACCCUCUAUUCUCAACCGAUAUGUCGCCCCGAUCAGCCAGUUCGAUGGCCCGAUCAGCACUUUAACCAUACACAGCAGCCCUUGGGAUGAGGUUGAGUAUCACGACUUCCCAGAGGUAUUGCGACCAUUCGAUGAAGUCAUGGGAUGGGCUUAUGAUCGUAUUUGGUCGGAGAGGGCCUGCAACUACGAUGCCGAAUGUCAAGGCAAAGCAUAUGAGAAGUGGGGAGUUGAUCUUGUUCGGGGUGCUGUGGCCAUCAUUCGCCCUGAUCAGUAUGUUGGAUGGGUGGGCGAGUUGGAGGAUACCGCAGGCAUGACGGGGUACUUUGACCAAAUACUCACGAAAGCCCCAAGUGCGUCCAAUGGAAAUGCGGAGAACAAUUAA